CCUGGCCUCCUACUGUAGCAUCAGUCCUUGCUCCUCUCCCCUCACUCCUGAUCUCGCAGUGCGUUCCCUCUGACUUGUGUGUGGUCCCGCCUGGGUUUCGUCGGGUGUGCGCUCUGGCCGGGGGCGGGAGGCGCAGCUCCUCAUUCCACCUCCAGGAAGUCGAGCUGGAGGAGGGAGGGCAAACUCAGGGAGGCGGGGCUCACGCCAAGGGGACUGCACGACGGCCCGCGGCCCCCCGCCUCUACCCCGCUCCGGAUCCGGGAUCUGAGCGCCGGCCGAGGUGCCCGGGCACUCUCUCGGCGGGCCGGAUGGCGGACCCCGGCCCAGAUCCCGAAUCUGAGUCGGAAUCGGUGUUCCCGCGGGAGGUCGGGCUCUUCGCGGACUCUUACUCGGAGAAGAGCCGGUUCUGCUUCUGUGGGCAUGUGCUGAACAUCACGCAGAACUUUGGGUCCCGCCUCGGGGUGGCGGCGCGCGUGUGGGACGCGGCCUUGAGCCUGUGCAAUUAUUUCGAGAGUCAAAAUGUGGAUUUCCGAGGCAAGAAGGUGAUUGAACUGGGUGCGGGGACAGGCAUCGUGGGGAUCUUGGCAGCGCUGCAGGGUUUGUCGCUUCACCGGUGCGCCCGCAGGAGGGAGUGUACUGCAGCCCGGGAGAUGUGGAUGCUGCGGUCACUGCGCGUGUUCCUGGUCGUGCGGACCGGGAGCCACCCGGCCGGGUCCCUUCUGCGUCAGUCGCCCCAGCCACGGCACACAUUUCAUGCUGGGCCAUGUCUGUCGGCCUCGACCUCCAGCAAGGAGCUCCUCAUGAAACUGCGGCGGAAAACAGGCUACUCUUUUGUAAAUUGCAAGAAAGCUCUGGAGACUUGUGGCGAGAACCUUGAACAGGCAGAGAUCUGGCUCCACAAGCAGGCCCAGAAGGAGGGCUGGAGCAAAGCUGCCAAGCUCCAAGGGAGGAAGACCAAAGAAGGGCUGAUUGGACUGUUGCAGGAAGGAAACACAACUGUAUUAGUAGAGGUAAACUGUGAGACGGAUUUUGUUUCUAGAAAUUUAAAAUUUCAACAGUUGGUCCAGCAAGUAGCCCUUGGAACCAUGAUGCAUUGUCAGAAUUUAAAAGAUCAACUGUCUACAUACAGUAAAGGUUUCUUGAAUUCCUCUGAGCUUUCUGUUCUUCCGGCGGGGCCUAACAGAGAAGGCUCACUCCAGGAUCACUUGGCUUUAGCAAUUGGAAAACUGGGAGAAAACAUGACUCUUAAACGAGCUGCGUGGGUGAAGGUGCCAUCUGGGUUCUACGUUGGCUCUUAUGUCCACGGAGUAAUGCAGAGUCCCUCCCUUCACAACCUGUUGCUGGGGAAGUAUGGGGCCCUGGUCAUCUGCGAGACGUCUGAGCAGAACGCAAACCUUGAAGAACUUGGCCGCCGCCUUGGGCAGCAUGUGGUGGGCAUGGCCCCUCUUUCUGUUGGCUCCCUGGAUGAUGAGCCUGGGGGAGAGGCAGAGACCAAGAUGCUGUCCCAGCCAUACUUGCUGGAUCCCUCCAUUACCUUGGGGCAGUAUGUGCAGCCUCAGGGAGUGUCAGUAGUAGACUUUGUACGGUUUGAAUGUGGAGAAGGUGAAGAGGCAGCAGAAACUGAAUAGGUUCCAGAGACUUUUGGCCCAGGAGGAGUGCUUGUUUUUAGCUCUGGACAUCAUUACAAAAAGGAUCUUUCCCAAGCCUUUUCAGACCCAGAAUUUAUUUUUCAUUUGAAUUAUAAUGAGAUUAUAGACUUCAUAGGUACAAUUAUUAAAUAGUUAUAUAAUAAAAAUUUUUUCCUUGUUUGCAUAAUACUGGGUUUAGCUUUUCUGUGUCUUACUUGUGACAGCUUUUGAAAAUAACCUUAUUGAUAGGCCUUACUGACAUGAUUGACAGUGUCUCGGAGAACGGGCAUCAACAAUUCUGCUGCUCCCUUCAACAUAGAUUUAUUAUGGUAUUUCUGAAAUUUCUAACUUACGUGUUCUGUCUUAUCCCUUUUAUGACACAGAACUCUUUUGUUCUGCUUUCAUUUUGCAACACUGGACCAUGCUUCUGCCUUGGAACCUCCCUAGUUAUAUUACUUCUGCCACAUGGAUUUCUUUGGGAUUAUUUAUUCAAGCCUAGAGUUGUCUGGAAAAUUUGGGUUCUUUUCUUUGUGGAUGUCUGUAGCAUGUUUUGAAGGCGCUCUGCAGUGGUAGACACACUGGUUUUGCUGUCAUUUAAUGAAAUUAAUAACAUAUGCGCCCCUGUUUAUCUUUUGGAUGAUGUGGUGUGGCUGGGUGGGUACUGAGGUUUCCUGGCCAGCUAUAAGGCAGAUUUUGACAUACUUGUGCCAGAAACAGAAAUUGGAGUAGUCCAUUUAUCCAGAAACCUCACUUAACAUUGCCUUUUUACUUCCCCAGUACUGAAACGUUUCUUCCAAUGUAACAUAAAAUUACUGUAACGAGCAAACCCUAAAUACUGAAAAUAACUUCAUUUGUUCAUUAUAGGUAUCUUCAUUUGGAAAGUUAAAAAUGCUUUGACACAUAACAGAUCUGGCCAUUUGGAUUUCGACCUUGGAGUCUAUAUAUGAUUUCAAUGAUUUGCAGGUUAAAUAGAUUUUAGAAAUAAUGAUCUUAAAAUUUAAAACUAAGGUAGGUCCUGGUAUAAUAUUAAACAUAAAAAAAAGUUAUUAAACAUUUUAAG